UUAAUAAAAGUUAUUACUCGGCAAAAUUUGAUACUUAUUGGUACUGAAGAAAAUAAUGUCAGAAAGUUUAUGUUAAAAUAAAUUGAUUAAAAUAAGUGAUUUUGUGAAUAUAAAUUGUUGUAAUAAAAAUAAUUCAUAAUGGUUGAGUCAACUGAUGUUGAAAUGAAAAAUGCGGAUAGUCCAGCGACUCCAGACGUUGUAAAUGAUCCCAAACAAACUGAUGCAAAUACUUUACAAGAUAUUCGUGAACAUGGAAAACAAAUUGAAAAAGCAGUUGCGUCUAAAGAACCGCGAUUUGCUCUUCGAGUACUUCGAGCUUUACCAAAUACAAGACGUAAAUUAAAUGGUAAUGUUUUGCGAUCAUUAGCAUGUCAAGUGUAUCCAUCACUUGCUGAACGGGAUGCUCUAAUCUCCUUUAUUACUGAUAAAUCAUCUUCUUCGGAAAUUGAACUUACAAGAGGUCGCAUUAAGGAUCCACUUCCAGAAGUUGAUGCGUACAUUCAUCUUUUGUUUGUUGUGUGGUUAUUGGAUACAGGACGCCAUGAUGAUGCAUUCAUUUGUUCAAAUCAUUUGAUGAGUAAGCUUAAUAAUCAAAAUCGUCGAACUUUGGAUUUGGUUGCAGCUAAAAGUUUUUUUUAUCAUUCACGUUGCGCUGAAUUGAGUAAUCAAUUGGAGAGUAUUAGAGGAUUCUUGCAUGCUCGACUUAGAACAGCUACUUUACGCAAUGAUUUUGAAGGUCAAGCAGUUCUUAUAAAUUGUCUUUUACGUAAUUAUUUACAUUAUUCGCUAUACGAUCAAGCUGAUAAACUUGUUAGCAAAUCAGUAUUUCCUGAAUCUGCAAGUAAUAACGAAUGGGCAAGAUUUUUAUAUUAUUUAGGACGUAUAAAAGCCGCUAGAUUAGAAUACAGUGUUGCAUACAAACACUUAGUACAAGCUACGCGUAAAGCUCCACAAAAUGCGGCUAUUGGUUUUCGUCAAACUGCUCAAAAAUUAGCUGUGGUUGUGGAACUUUUGUUAGGAGAUAUUCCUGAAAGACAAAUUUUCAGACAAGCACAAUUACGAAGAUCUUUAGCUCCAUAUUUUCAACUAACUCAAGCAGUACGAAUGGGUAACUUACAACGGUUUGGAGAAGUUUUAGAAAAUUUUGGCCCUAAAUUCCGAGAAGAUCACACCUAUACAUUAAUUUUACGUUUACGUCAUAAUGUCAUAAAAACAGCCAUUCGUUCCAUUGGAUUAGCUUAUUCAAGAAUAUCUUUACAAGAUAUUGCACAAAAAUUAGGAUUGGAUUCAGCCGAAGAUGCUGAAUUUAUUGUAGCAAAAGCUAUCCGAGAUGGAGUUAUUGAAGCUACAAUUGACCCAGAAAAGGGAUAUAUGCGCAGCAAAGAAAGUUCUGAUAUUUAUUGCACACGAGAGCCACAAUUGGCUUUUCAUCAACGAAUUGCGUUCUGUUUGGAUUUACAUAAUCAAAGUGUAAAAGCUAUGCGAUAUCCACCAAAAGCAUAUGGAAAAGAAUUGGAAAGUGCUGAAGAACGCCGUGAACGAGAACAGCAAGAUUUAGAACUUGCUAAAGAGAUGGCGGAAGAUGAUGAUGAAGGUUUCCCAUAAAUAUUCAAACGUUAAAAAAUGUUUAUUUCUUACUGGAAAGAACAUUAUUUUUUUUGGAUACUAACCUUUGUAUCACUAUAUAUAUUUCUGUAAUGUUAAAAUCGAUUAAUAUUUAAUAAAGAAUUUUUUUCAUGAAAA